AUUCUUACUUGAUCAAAGAUAUAGUUAAGUAGUGGCAAUAAUAAUGCUAAUGGUAAUUAUGUGAAUUAUGAAGCUGGUAGAAAAGAACCCAGAAGCUGCAAUUGUAUUGUUUCGGAAAGCAAUAAAUUCUGGGGAUAAAGUGAACAGUGCUCUAAAGGAUAUGGCAGUAGUGAUGAAGCAAUUGGACAGAUCUGAAGAAGCUAUUGAAGCCAUUCGUUCAUUUAGAAGCCUUUGCUCCAAACAAUCCCAAGAGUCCCUUGAUAAUGUACUAAUAGAUCUUUACAAGAAAUGUGGAAAAAUAGAUGAGCAAAUAGAAAUGCUGAAGCGAAAGUUGAAGUUGAUAUACCAGGGUGAGGCUUUCAAUGGGAAACUCUCUAAGACAGCAAGGUCUCAUGGCAAGAAGUUCCAAGUUUCUAUGAAACAAGAAACUUCAAGAUUACUGGGAAACCUGGGCUGGGCCUACAUGCAAAAGAUGAACUACAUGAUGGCAGAAGUGGUGUAUCGGAAAGUCCAAAUGAUUGAUCCAGAUUGUAACAAGGCCUGUAACUUGGGCCUAUGCCUCAUCAGACAAGCCAGAUAUGAAGAGGCACAAUUGAUCCUGGAUGAUGUAUUAAAAGGAAAUCUUCCAGGCUCAGAUGAUAGCAAGUCAAGGAAACGGGCCCAAGAUCUCCUAACAGAAUUGAGAUCCAUGCUACCUCCACCACAUUUCUCAGAUCUUUUGGGCCUGGAUGAUGAGUUCAUCAAAGGCCUGGAACAAUUGAUGAAUGAAUGGGGGCCUAUUAGAUCAAAGAGACUUCCAAUUUUUGAGGAGAUUUCUUCAUUUAGAGACCAAUUAGCAUGUUAAGUUCAUACUUUGUGUGUAUAGCUUUCAUACAUUGGGAUGGGUAAUAGGUGUUUAUGGAGAACUAGCUUCUUUUUGUUUUCUGUUUCCUAUCUUUGAUGGAGUGGAGGGUGUUGCUUUUUUGGAAGAGUGAGGAAUUAAAUGAAGUGAAGAACUUUAUGUAA